UUAAGAGGAUGGACAGUUCCUGUCUGUCUGUCUGUCCGACCAUGCACCUGGAGCCUCGGGCCUGGCAAGCAGCGUUCUGUUCAAAGGCUAGUCCCGGAGGUUUUUUGUCAAGCCCCGCUGUAGUGCUGCUGGGCUCGUAAGAGGAAAGAGCAGAGAGAGCGCGGUGCGAACAGGGCGCAGCGGACGGACAGCCUGCAUUUUGCUUUGCUUGAAGAAAGCGUCGUCUCGGCUGCGUAUUACGGGAACAACAGCCAGCCCGCUUUAUUGUGUCUUUGGUCACUUUGACUGUGUGGAUUUUCUGCGAAGAUGUGCCAUGUUACCGCGCUGUUGUUAGUGCCAGUGCUGUGUAGCAUCAUCAGCACCACCAGUACCGCAUCCUCAGUAUCACGGAAAUGUGAGGACACCUUGGCCAGUCCUCUCCCAUACAGCUCCUUUACCAGUUCAUCAGUAUAUGCUCGAGGAUAUGGAGCUGGUUAUGCGAAACUCAAUCGGAAGCAAGGAGCUGGAGGUUGGUCACCUUUGGAUACAGAUCGCUACCCGUGGUUACAGGUGGACCUGGGUUCUAGGAAGCAGGUAGUUGCCAUAGUGACACAGGGUCGCUACAGUAGCUAUGAUUGGACCAGCAAGUAUCGAUUGCUUUACAGUGACACACAGAAAAACUGGAGACCUUAUCUACAAGAUGGAAACAUCUGGACAUUUGACGGGAACGUGAACAAUGAGGGUGCGAUUCGUCAUGAGUUUCAGCAUGCCAUUCUGACUCGCUACAUCCGCUUCAUCCCUUUGGACUGGAACAGGGAGGGGCGCAUUGGAGUACGUCUUGAGCUCUAUGGGUGCUCAUAUUGGGCAGAUGUGAUCAGUUUUGAUGGCCAUGGUGUCAUCUCCUACCGCUUAAGAAGUAAGAAGAUGAAGAUUGUGAAGGAUGUCAUCUCUUUAAAGUUUAGAACCACAGCUGGAGAUGGGGUCCUGCUACAUGGAGAAGGACAACAGGGAGACUACAUUUCCCUAGAACUCCACAGGGCAAGGCUACAGCUCAGCAUCAACUUAGGUAGUAACCAGUAUGGUUCAAUUCAGGGUCACACCUCUGUGACCAGUGGGAGCUUGCUGGAUGAUGACCACUGGCACUCAGUUGUCAUAGAACGUUACCGUAGGAAUGUCAACUUCACUCUGGACCACCACACUCAGCAGUUCAGGACCAAUGGAGAGUUUGACCACCUGGACUUGGACUAUGAGAUCAGUUUCGGAGGACUGCCUCUGUCAGUGAAGCCGAGUUCAGGAGGCAGAGAGAACUUUGUGGGCUGCAUGGAGGGAAUCACCUACAAUGGAGACAACAUCACUAACCUGGUCCGCAGGAAGAAGGUGGACACCUCCAGCUUUCGUAACCUGACAUUCUCGUGUGCCGAGUCCAACUCAUUCUCCGUCUUUUUCAAUGCCACAUCCUUCGUGCAGCUGCCAGGUCAGAGUGACAGUGACACUCUGUCGGUCAGUCUGUCUUUCAGGACGUGGAACCCCAAUGGGCUACUGGUGUUCACAGAGCUGGCAGACGGCUGGGUGGAGGUGGGACUGACAGAGGGCAAGGUCACUGUCUACAUGAAUGUGACACAGAAGAAGAACACACGUAUUGACAUCUCAUCAGGUUCGGGUUUGAACGAUGGCCAGUGGCACAGUGUCCAUCUUAAUGUUUUGGAGAACUAUGCUAUGCUGACUGUGGAUGGAGAUGAGGCCUCCACAGUUAGAACAGCCAUUCCCAUCCAGAUCCAGACUGGUGGAUCCUACUACUUUGGAGGCUACUUCCUGCAUACUAACACCUGGUCACAUCAGCGCUCCUUCCAGGGCUGCAUGCAGAUGAUCCACAUAGAUGACCAUCUAGCUGACCUUGGGGCUGUGGAGCAGGGCCUCAUUGGAACCUUUGAAAAUGUCAGCCUGGAUAUGUGUGGCAUUAUAGACAGGUGUGUUCCUAACCAUUGUGAACAUGGUGGUCGCUGUUCUCAGACGUGGGAUACAUUCACCUGCAACUGUAGUGGCACUGGAUACACUGGAGCUAUCUGCCAUACCUCAGUGUAUCAGCAGUCCUGUGAGGAGUAUAAGCACCAGGGAAAGAGCUCAGGGAGCUACUGGAUCGACCCAGACGGCAGUGGAUCUAUCUCCCCAUUCAGAGUCAGCUGUGACAUGACAGAGGAAAAAGUUUGGACCACACUGAAGAACAACCUGUCUCCUCAAACAUCAGUCACUGGUGCAGAGCAGGAAGGGAAGGCAAUGCUGCAGAUCAAUUACAAUGUGACUGAUGAACAGGUGUUGUCAGUCACCAGCAGUGCAGAAUAUUGUGAACAGUAUGUGGCAUAUGCCUGCCGAAUGUCUCGUCUUCUCAACGCUCCAGAUGGCUUCCCGUUUACCUGGUGGGUAGGAAGAGCCAAUGAGAAGCAUUCUUACUGGGGGGGCUCAGGACCAGGUGUACAGAAGUGUGCCUGUGGUAUCGAACACAACUGUACUGACCCCAAACACUACUGCAACUGUGACGCUGACCUACGGACCUGGAGGGAGGAUGCAGGCCUGCUGGUGUAUAAAGACCAUUUGCCAGUCAGUCAGGUUGUGGUUGGUGAUACAAGCAGAGCUGGAUCUGAGGCCAAACUGACAAUAGGGCCACUGAAAUGCCAUGGGGAUCGGAACUACUGGAAUGCAGCAUCCUUCAGCAGCCCUGCCUCAUACCUCCACUUCUCUUUUUUCAGAGGAGAAAAAAGCACUGACAUCUCCUUUUACUUUAAGACUUCCUCCACACAUGGAGUACUUCUAGAGAACCUAGGAGCCACCAACUUCCUUCACAUUGAACUCAGAGGAGGCUCGGUGGUCGUUUUCUCUUUUAAUGUGGGUACUGAGCGGGUGGAGCUCAGUGUCCGCUCGUCUGUGCCUCUAAAUGAUGACCAAUGGCAUCGUGUGGAGGCUGAGAAGAACAUCAAAGAGGCAGUGCUGCAGCUUAAUGGGCAGUACAGGGAGGUCAGAUCCACCCCCCCACAGGGACACACAAAGCUGGAGUUCUACACUGAGCUUUAUGUUGGUGCUUCAAGUGGUCAGAGAGGCUUCCUGGGUUGCAUGCGGGCUUUGAAGAUAAAUGGUAUGAACUUUGACCUGGAGGAGAAAGCGAAGGUGACUCCAGCGGUGAAUCCAGGCUGCCAGGGCCACUGUAGCAGCUACAGGAUGCACUGCAGGAAUGGAGGGAAGUGUGUGGAGAAGUACAAUGGAUACUCCUGUGACUGCUCCCUCACUGCAUACGAUGGACCCUUCUGCACAGAUGAUGUAGGUGGCUACUUUGAGACGGGAACCGUGGUGCGCUAUGACUUCCCACAGGAGGUGGGAACUUCUGCACUGGGGGCGGUGAAUAGCCUAUCAGGUUUUGGUGUUCCUAGUGAAGCCAACCUGACUCAAGAGGAGCUGGUGUUCAGCUUCAGCACCUCCGUUGCUCCUAGCAUUCUGGUCUACAUCAGCUCCAGGACUGAGGACUACCUGGCUGUGGUGCUCAGGCACAACGGCUCUCUGCAGAUCCGCUACAGUCUUGGUGGGAUAACGGAACCAUACACCAUAGAUUUAGACCAACGUAACAUGGCCAACGGACAGCCGCACUCUGUCAACAUAACUAGGAACUUAAGGGAGAUUCGAUUACAGCUGGACCACUACCCAGUGUCCACAUACACCCUACCUGACGCUUCUGACACAGAGUUCAACUUGGUCAAAAGUAUCUUUCUCGGAAAGGUCUUUGAAACGGGACAGAUUGACCCCAUCCUAAUUGAGCGCUACAAUACACCGGGCUUUGUGGGGUGUCUUUCAAGAGUUCAGUUUAACAGCGUGGCGCCCUUAAAAGCUGCACUGCGUUCGGGCCUUGCAGCUCCCGUCAGCACCCAUGGGAUUCUGGUACCAUCCAACUGUGGAGCCUCACCCCUUACCAUCUCCCCAAUGACCGCGGCUAGUGACCUCUGGCACCUAGAGGCUGGUGGAGCUGUUUUCCCCUUCGGUGAGGACAAGGUCAGUGAUGGAGGAGUGGAUCGCAACUCUGCCAUAAUUGGAGGCAUCAUCUCCAUGGUGAUCUUCACUGUCCUCUGUAUCAUGGUGUUUGCGAUCCGCCAUAUGUUCCGUCAUAAAGGCUCCUACCACACCAAUGAGGCCAAAGGAGCGGAGUCAGCAGACUGUGCUGAUGCAGCAAUCAUUGUAAAUGACCCAGCCUUUACCGAAACUAUUGAUGAGAGCAAGAAGGAGUGGUUCAUCUGAGCCUCUCCCAACAAUAUGGACACAUGACGUUAGGAUGUAUGUAGUUUUCUAAGCUUUGGGAGUAGUAGUGAGGUCACCCGUGGAUCCUCAAGGAUGUAGUAAGUUGUUUAUUCAAAACUUUAUGGACAAUGGACACCAUGGCAUUACAGCAUGGGCAAGUACAGGGCACAAUGCUGUCUGACAGAGCCUGUGUGGAGUUGUGAAGCAAGUUUAUUUUAGCUUUAUUUGCAAUGGACAGUUUAACAGAAUGACAGACUUAAAUGAUGUGGGAUUGUGCCAUGACAUUACAGGCCUUGUAUGAGUUACCGUGCUCAUUAGGUUUUAUUUUGGUAUUUAUUUAUUAUUAUUAUCAUUAUCGUUAUUUUAAUUUAAUUUCAAUUAAACAUAUGUAAUUUAUUUAUUCAUAUUUAAGUUGUCUAUUUUUUAAUUAAAGUUUGAAAUUCAUUUUCAUUCUUGUAUUUUUAUAUACUGUUAUCUUUAUGCCUUUGUGCUGUGUGUUGGUAUUUCAGAAAAAUUAUGGCAUUAAUGGUAAUGGUCAUUAAUGAUAAUCUGUUACAUUUCUCAUUAAUAACUUUUUUUGUAUUUAAUCUCAUGUUUUGCCUUAUUUUACAUUUAUUUAAGUAAAGUUUUAUUUCAGCCU